CGCAUCGAAAAUUGUAGCCACUCUGAAUAAAAAAUUAAACUCGACGUCGACUUGACUUUGGCUUUCUUACCGGUUUUGAGCGAGCACAUGACAUGAGAAGCCAAGCCAGGCCAAUUGUUCCGACUCAUUUCUUAAAUCUGAACCACUCCAUACCAUGGCCCUUUAAUUACUUCAAUGCAGGCAUCGUCAUCAUCCUCAUCGCCGCCGGUGCCAUCGCCAUUGGGGCCACCAUCCCCAUGGAAACCCAUAAAAUACCGGACGUCCUACGACGUGUUCUUGAGCUUCAGAGGUGAAGACACACGAAGGACCUUCACGGACCACCUCUACGCGGCACUAGAUCAUGCCGGAGUCGUGACGUUUAGGGAUGCCGAGGGACUAAGAUGGGGAGAAAACAUAGCGGAGAAAUUAAUGCAGAUAAUCGAAGGGUGUAGGAUCUCUCUCAUAGUCUUCUCAGAAAAGUACGCGGAUUCGAGAUGGUGUCUGGAGGAGCUGGUGCAGAUCAUGGAGUGUAGAAGAAUACGAAGGCAACUGGUUUUCCCCAUAUUCUAUCAUGUUGAUCCUUCACAUGUCAGAAACCAGACCGGUAGCUUUGCUCAUGCGUUUCAGAAAUAUGAAGAAAACAUGCUCUCAGAAAAACAAAAAGAAGGUACAGAUAAGAUAGCCAGGUGGAAAGCUGCUCUCAGAGGAGCGGCGAAUUUGGUUGGCUUCGAUAUUGCUGAUAGACAUGAAGCAGAGUUUAUCAAUAGCAUUGUUGACGAGAUAUGCAAACAGCUGACCAACACAUACUUGAAUUUAGCUGUCUACCCAGUUGCAAUACAUUCUCGUGUUGAUGAUAUUUGCAAGUGUUUAGGUGUUGGAUUAGAUGAUGAUGUUCGCAUGGUUGGAAUUUGGGGUAUGGGUGGAAUCGGCAAAACAACAGUUGCCAAAGCCAUCUAUAACAAAUUUUAUCUUGACUUUGACAGUAGAUGUUUCCUAGCAGAUGUUAGGGAGACUGCAAAGGACUCAAAUGGUAAGAUUGUUCUGCAAGAAAGACUUCUUUCUGAUGUCUUAAAACCAAUCAAGAUAGUGGUAGGUGAUGUUUCCAGAGGGGUCAAUGUAAUAAAAGAACGACUUGGAAGCAAAAAGGUACUCGUCAUUUUUGAUGAUGUAGAUCAUGAGGACCAAUUGCAUGCAUUGGAUAUAAGCCGUGAUUCCUUUGGUCCGGGAAGUAGACUUAUUAUAACAACAAGAGAUCGACAUUUGCUAGAGCUACUGAAAGUGGAUACAAUACAUCUAGCUCAAGAAAUGAAUGAAGAAGAAGCUCUUGAGCUCUUCAGUUGGCAUGCCUUUCAAAAUAUUUCUCCUAAUGAAGAGUAUGUCGAAUUCUCAAGAAGAGUGGUUGCUUACUGUGGAGGUUUACCACUGGCUCUUGAAGUGUUAGGGUCUUUCCUCUUUGGAAGGAGCAUAGGAGAUUGGAAUAGCACACUGAAGAAAUUGGAAAAAAUUCCUGAUGGCAGAAUUCAGUCAAGGCUCAGAAUAAGCUUUGAUGCAAUUGAUGAGAGCCAGAGGAACAUAUUCCUCCAUAUAUGUUGUUUCUUCAUCGGAAUGGACAAGAACUACGUCAUACAAAUCCUCAACAGCUAUGGUUUUCCAGCAGAAAUAGAAAUCAGUGUCCUGCUCCAACGUUGCCUUGUAACUGUUAGUGAGAAAAACAAGCUCAUGAUGCAUGAUUUGCUUCGAGACAUGGGCAGAGAAGUUGUUCGUGAAGAAUCCCCAAAGCGCCCUGAAAGACGUAGCAGAUUGUGGCAUCAGGAAGACGUAACAGUUGUAUUGACAGAUGAAUCUGGAACUGAAGAGACUGAAGGACUCACUCUAAAUUUGCAAAGAUCUGACAGCGUGAGUUUCAGUACAGAAGCAUUUAGAAACAUGAAGAGACUGAAAUUGCUCCAACUCAACCAUGUAAAACUCACUGGAGACUGCGACAAGUUUCCCAAAAAGCUAAGCUGGCUCUGCUUGCGAGGAUUCUCUGCACAGGUCAUACAAAAUGAGUUUCUUAAUGAACCAUACCUGGUUUCUCUCGACCUGCGGUACAGCAAUCUCGUACGAGUUUGGGAGUAUUCCAGGCGGCUUGGGAAAUUGGAGAUACUUAAUCUCAGUCAUUCACAUUACCUAAGACAAUCACCAGACUUUUCACAACUCCCAAAUCUACAGUAUUUAAUCCUUAAAGACUGUGUGAGUUUGCCAAAGAUUGACAAGUCCAUUGGACUGGUUUCUCAACUUGCCUUGCUAAAUCUUAAAGGCUGCACAAUGCUCAAGGACCUUCCGGAGGAUUUUUACAAGUUGCUCUCUGUUAGGACUCUUGUUCUUUCUGGCUGUUCGAGAUUUGAGAAUUUGAGCAAGGAUAUAGAAAAUAUGAUUUCUUUGAAAACUCUUGUUAUAAGUGGCACAGGCAUCAGUGAAGUACCAUCCUCUGUAGAUAACAUGAGGAACUUGGACUUUUCAUCUCGACAAGGCCUGAGUGGACUAAAACGAUGUGAUGAGACAUCAAGACCUAGGCUGCGUUUAUGGGGGGUUAUAAGCUUCUUAAGAUGGUGCGCGCUGCUGUUGAGAUCUGUAGGAGCCAUGUGUUUGGACGCAAGUUUAUCAAUUCGUAAAGCCGCAAGAAGAGUAACUCACGGGGCUUAGAUCUCGCCGACUUAUCUCACUCUCAAAUUUCAGUCUGUUCUGCCAUGUCUCAUACUCUGAUGGAUGAGAACGCUCAAACGGUGACUAAUCACCACGCCUUUCAAAUCUCAUUUUGCUCGAGUGAGGAGUGAGGGAAACGGAGCAAGUUGAUAGGAAGUUAUAGAUGAGUCUGGCCGAGUCUCCAGUACACUCUUCUAGCAGUGGUGACUUUGCCGGGUUGCUUGAGAGAACUAGAGAAAGUUUCUUCAGAGUCAUCACCAGAGGAAGAAAAUGAAGAAGAUAUAUAAAGAAGCUGAUGGUGAUGGUGAUGGCAGUGAUGUUGAAGCAGGAUAAAAAGGCGUAAGGGAGAUAAUUUGGAAAGCGUAGAGGAAACUAAUGGGUCGACUUCACACGGACUUCCAGAACAAAAGUCAGGCAACAUAUUGAUAUCUUUUGGAUUCUGUUGUGUUUUGUUUUAUAACCCCAAACACUGGAGGACUUCUUGAUACCAUAUAAAGUGUUCUGAACUGUCUCAGAUGACGCAUACAUAAGACCAACU